AUGGCCACACCGCCGUCCAGCAUGCCCGCUGCCGAGCGAAAGCUCACGCGCUCAAGCCUCAAUUUCCGCAGCUCCGUAAUCUCCGUAUUCGUUGCCAUGAACAGGGUCGAGCCAUUCAUGCUCCACCGCGACCUCAUAACGGCGACGUCCCGACUCUUCCACCAGCACCGCUUCGACUCCGUCGUGCACCUCCCGCACGAAACCCCCGCCCUCUUCGAAGUCUACGCCGAGUGGGUCUACAGCAACCGCAGCAGCGCCAUCCUGCAGAACCUGCGUGCGCACGAAGUCGUCCACCGCGCCGACGGCUCGGGCCAGCUGGACCAGCCGGGCGCGGACCACCUGCUCGGAUUGGCCAUCCUCGGCGAACGGCUGCGGGACGUGACGUUCAAGAACGCGGUGGUGGAUGCGUACGUGGAUAUGCUGAUGACGGGGUGCAUUUGCCCGACGCAUUUCGCGAAGGCGAUUUACGAGGGGCUGCCGAGGGGGAACGGGUUCGCGCGGUUGUAUGUGGAUGUGUGGUGUUGGAAUUCGGAUGAGAGCUGGUUUGAGGAGCUCGAGGAGAGAGAUGAUCCGAACAGCGCGCCGGGGGCGUUUUGGCUGGAUGUGGUGAAGAGGAGGAUCCAGUUGGGAAGGAGGGUGUAUGAUGCGAGGAUAAAGGCGCCGUGGGUCGCUAAUCGGGCGCAGUAUUAUGAGGUGGAGGGGGAGAUGGUGCUGGAUGAUGAGGAGAAUGCGGAACAAGCGGUUGGAACGGAAGAUGAUGAUAUCGAUGUCCUGGUGAAGCCAGAGCCGAAGUCACGUUGA